GAAACCUUUACCAACAUGGCAACAUCGACCUUCCCGUAAAAAAAACAACAACAUGGCAACAUCGACCAUGGGCGCCGCCGCGGCCGAUCUCGAGGCACGUCAGCUCCGCAUCCUCCGCCGCGUCGAGGAUCUUGAGCUCGCUGCCCAGCAGCACCGUCUUGGGGCGCUCUCUCUCACCGACGCCGAGGCGGAGGUGGAGGCGGGGGACACCGAGGAGCGGCUCUCGGCCCUCCUGGCCGCGCGCGGCGUGCACGACUUUGCCUUCCGGCGUGUUCCAGCUGACUACUACGACCGCACUCUCGAGGAGCGCCGCCACCUCCUCGCCGCUCAUUCAGUCGCCCAGCUCUGCAAGAGCAUAGUCAUGGUGAAUACCAAAGCUGCUGCAGAUGUAGUUGACUGCAGUAACCCCAAGAAUUCUAAAUAUUAUGUUGUUAUUGUUCAGUACAUGGCACGGCUUAAUGCUGAAAACAUCAAGAACUUCCUGUAUACCCUAAAUGAGAAUCAGAUACCCAAAAAGAGAUUUAACAUGAGGCUCGCACCAGAAGAGGAGUCACACAUGCUUACGGGGUUUGUGCACAAUGGUGUGACAUGCAUUGGAAUGAAAACAGAUAUACCGUGGGUUUAUCGUCAGGUUAUCAUAGAUGAAGCUAUCACCAAGCUGGAUGAGGAUUUCUUCUGGCUAGGUGGUGGAGAAGUUGACCUCAAGCUCGGGAUGCGGACCUCACAGUUUCUAAAUGCUUUCAAUCCAUUUGUGGUGAAGUGUAGUUAAUGAGUGAUAACUAGUAGUACAACUUAACAGAAGCUUCAGAUCCAUGUGGUUUUACCCGGCCUUGAUCAACACACUGCCAGGGAGGUACACUAAGCUUUUGCUUGGAUCUGGGGUUAGGAUGUCUGUCUUUUUUGGAGCAGGCGUUUCCGUUCCAGUUGCUCUUCUCACAAUUUGUUACGUUAUUCACUGCUGAUUGUUGGUAAAAUUGAUGUAGCGGAGGGGACAUUCUUGGGAAGAUCGAUAUAAUUGCGGCAACUGGGCUUAUACUAUUACUAAGCCCUUUGUAGUUUGGGCCUGAGAGUUGAAAACCAGUGUGAAGUGUGUAAAAGCGAGACAUCUGGCUGCUUCCCCUCAAAAGAAGAAAGGAAGUCUGGCCACAAAA